UUGAUGUUUCAUCGUGUAAAUAAAUAAUAAUAGUCACACAUACGUAUAUACGCAUAUUAUUUAAACUAUACAAAUAAUUGUAAUAAAUCAGUAUGGCCCCUGCGUCAUAUUACUGCCUCCUUAUUACCUAGCCCAGUCUUAAGCAGACAUGGAUUAUGCCUUUCCUGUUCUUCUGGCCUUUUUGAGGACCCAGGAAGAGUCUAGGUAGGAUCCUCAACUUAACUCUGUUAAAAUGAUACAAUAACGAAAGUAAAUAAGGAAAAAUAAGUGUGCAGCUGCCACCCUGCUGUGGAGGGAAACAUAAACCCAUCAGCUCACACACAAACAGCAAGCCACCCGCUCCCGCCCCCAUUUCCACUCUCCGCUGUGGGGAGAGAGGCGACUUGGGGGGAGGAGGGGGCCAUUUCCCGACGGAGCCCCAAGAGCAGGAGGCCAAAGGCAGCGCCAUCUCUUCCUGUUUCCAUCCCAGCACAGGCAGGGGCUGCUCUGCGAACGUAGCUCUAGAGGCGCGCGCCUUCGACAAGGAACCCGAAGUGUCUAUCGGUCGGAAGUUUCCAGGGGGCCCAAAGUGAAAAGUGGGAGGUUUUCCGAAGGGGAGGAGGGGUGUGGGAUGAAUAGUUCCCCUCACCCCCCUACUCCGCUUUAUAUUGCGGGGAAGGAAACCGGAACAGCGAGCAAGGGAGGCGGAGGUCCAGAGAGGACAAAGAGGAAUCCCUCGAAGUACUCCUGCGCCUUGAGGGAGAGACGGAGUCCACGAAAGGGUUAAAGGAAGUGAAAUAGGCCUGGAUAGAGACCCCCCCAUAUCCGUCUUGGGAGGCCCCUCCGGAUGGAGAGGAGAGACUCUGAUCUGCAAGUCUGAGAUCAACUCCUCGCUUGAAACAGAAAAAUACAGAGAUCUUUUUACUGGACCAAUUGAGGGGAUUCUAUUUUCCUGCACUCUAAAGCAAGCGAUGGAGAAGAAAGUCAGAAUUCUGCAGGGCUUCCUUACUGCAGAUCAACAGACUCACACAGGGAAGAAACCAUUUAAAUGCAUGGAGUGUGGAAAGCAGUUCACUUAUAGUGGAAAUCUUAGAAAACAUAAACGAAUUCACACAGGGGUUAAACCAUUUAAAUGUUUGGAGUGUGGAAAGAGCUUCAGUCAGAAUGGAAACCUAAGACAACACCAACGAACUCACACAGGGGAGAAACCCUUUAAAUGCAUGGAGUGUGGAAAGAGCUUUGGUGAAAGUGGGACACUUAGAAAACAUCAACAGAUCCACACAGGGGAGAAACCAUUUAAAUGUAUGGAGUGCGGGAAGAGCUUCAUUGAAAGUGGGACACUUAGAAAACACCAGCGGACUCACACAGGGGAGAAACUAUUUAAAUGUACAGAGUGUGGAAAGAGCUUCAGUCAGAAGGGAAACCUUAGAGAACAUCAACGAACUCACACCGGGGAUAAACCAUUUAAAUGCGUGGAUUGUGGGAAAAGCUUCACGUUUAGUUCAACAUUCAGACAACACCAACGGACUCACACAAGGGAAAAACCAUUGAAAUGUGGAAAGAACUUCCCCGAUACUGGAAAUAUUGGAGAACAUCAACAAACCCACACAGGGGGAAAACCAUUUAAAUGUAUGGAAUGUGGAAAGACCUUCAGUCAAAAAAGAAACCUUAGACAACAUAAACAAACUCACAUGGGAAGGAAACCAUCAACAUAGGGAGAAAACCCUUUAAAAACAGAGUGUGGACAAAUCUUAACUGUUGGUGGAGCACUGUGAAAAUAUCAAUGGACUCACAGAGGGGGGAAACCAUUCAAAUGUAUGGAAUGCGGAAGGAGCUUCGCUUAUAGUGGGACACUUAGAAAACAUCAACAGACUCUCAGAGGCGCGAAAUCAUUUAGAUGUCUGGAGUGUAAAACAUGUUUCCCUUAGAGUUCACUCUUCUUCACAUCAUUGAACCUAAUUAGGGGGAAAUAAAUGUUAUUUAUUUAAUGGUGGGACGCGGGUGGCGCUGUGGUCUAAACCACAGAGCCUAGGGCUUGCUGAUCAGAAGGUUGGCGGUUCGAAUCCUCGCGAUGGGGUGAGCUCCCGUUGCUUGAUCCCUGCUCCUGCCAACCUUGCAGUUCGAAAGCACGUCAAAAUGCAAGUAGAUAAGUAGGUACCGCUCUGGUGGGAAGGUAAACGGCAUUUCUGUGCGCUGCCCUGGUUCACCAGAAGCGGCUUAGUCAUGCUGGCCACAUGACCCGGAAGCUGCCUUUGGACAAACGCCAGCUCCCUCGGCCUAUAGGGUGAGAUGAGCGCCGCAACCCCAGAGUCGUCCGCGACUGGUCCCUUUACCUUUAAAUGUUAAAUGCAUAGAAGUCUAUGUGAUGUUCUGGUAUUUGUAUAUAAACUUGUAUGUAAUUAUUAUUAUUAUUAUUAUUAUUAUUAUUAUUAUUAUUAUUAGUCUGGGCAGCUUACAGCAUAUUUAAAACGUGCAGAUAACGUCUUACGUAGGUAUAAUAUAAGAUGCAAUGUAAUGUUAGGAAGGGGGAGAGUGUGAAUCUGGAGUGCUGGUGGUGAGUGGGAUGGGAUGAGAGUCAGAUGAUUUUUGGUCUUUGGUAGAGAGAGUUGGAAGCAGGGCUGGUGAGAUUAGUAUGAUAGGAACAGCUGCAUUACUCCCAUUGUAAUUGCAAUAAAGGAACAAGGAAGACUCAGAGCAUCUUAUAUGCAGAGAGUAAUCUUGAAGCCCUCUUAUAUUGUUAAUAUUUCACGAAUUAACUGUCUAAUAAAUAAAACAAGAAUAUUGGGCAGGGGUCCAUCUCACUA